AUGUCUGCAGCACGAAUGGCCACCAGAACUAAAGUACAGUGCUGGUUGAUGAACACAACUGGCCACCCCCUCGGAUUUCUGCCUAUAGACAAAGAGCAUGAACAUAAUAUCAAGGAUACAAAGGUUACAUUUGGAACUUGUGGCCCAAAUGCAUCUUGGGCUCUCAUGAAGAAAACUUCCCCAGCCAUUCCUGCACUCAGAGCUGUGCGCAAGCAUACAGAACUUCAAAUUCGGACACUUCAACAAGGCCUACACCACUCUGACCCACUCAAGGAGAAGGAUAUCGAGAUCCUGCAUAACACAUACAUUGCCUCAAAUAUUCACUCACAGCAGGAUGGACGAGAGGUGAAGAGUAAAGCAGAUGGGACUACAGAUGUGUGA